AUGAGGCCAAUCUUGGCCCGAAACAAAAUGGCUCUCAGGGACAGAGCACAGUCUGGCUUUGGCCUGCGGUUCCAUGCGGAACUAGAGCAGGGGCUCCAUCGACGGAUCAAAGAGGAGGAAGAGGAUCCGUCAGAUUCUGUGUCGGGCGACGGUUCAGGGGAAAUUCCUCUGAUCGGGCCAGCUGGGACUAUCCUGGAAUUCCUACAGAAAACCCCGGGAGAACAGGAAGCGGGUGAUGGGCUUCUUCAGCGUUGGGAAACCCAAUGGCAGGAGUUUCUGAAGACGCUGGAAUGCCCUCCGGCAGAAUGUGAGACUCCACAGCUGCUGGAAGAACCUUCCCCCUGGGACGACGCGAAGGCCUUCCUGGCCUCCUUCGAGCAGGUGGCCCAGGCCUGCCGGUGGCCCAGGGAAGACUGGAUGGCCCGUCUCCUGCCAUCCCUUGGUGGAGAAGCGGAACAGAUUUUCAGCAACCUAGAUAUCCGGGACAGGGUCGACUACGACAAGGUGAAGGCAGCCAUCUUGCGAGGGGACGCCCUCAUCCAGGAGAGGCAGCGGCAGAACUUCCGGCGGUUCUGCUACCAGGAGGCCGAGGGCCCGAGGGGUGUUUACAGCCGACUCCAGAAGCUUUGCCACCGGUGGCUGAAAGUGGACAGGCACACGAAGGAGCAGAUCCUAGAGCUGCUGCUCCUGGAGCAGUUCCUGGCCAUCCUGCCGCCGGACAUGCAGAGCUGGGUCCGGGAACAAGGCCCGGAGACCUGCUCCCAGGCGGUGGGCCUGGCUGAGGAUUACCUGCAGAGGCAGCGAGGGGGUGAGAAUUGGGACAUCCAGGAGCUGGGGCCGAUCGAACAGGUAGCUCUGGAUUUUUCGGAGGAAGAGGAGCCCCUGUCAAACUGCGAGUGGAGGCAGGCCUACAGGCCAGCCGGUCGGAAGGCUGACGACGGAGACGCCAGUUCACUGAGUGACGACUGCCAGAGUGCCAGCGAGGAGGAGACGGACUUGUCGGAUAAUCCAGAUCAAGACUGCCUAAACCAAGCCGUGAAAGGGAGGAGAGCGGAAAGGGAUGCUUCCCACUUUCAAGAGCAGGAAGCGGAUUCGGAGGCCUGGCGCCGAGCCGAGCAGAAGAGAGGAAGUGGCCCUCUAGAGAGAGCGGAGACCUCUGUCGUUUGGGAAGGCGACGAGCCCCUUGACGAGGAGAAGGAACAAAAGAAAAUUUGCAAGAGGAAGAGGAAAGAGUCCUACAAGGUGUACGCGCUGCGCAUCAGGCAGAGGUCGGGCCUGAUUCAACAGGACAGGAGCUGCCAGAGGGAGAAGCCGUUGAAAUGCUCCAGUGGAGGGAGCAACUUCAAGGUAAUCUCUCACUAUGUUUCCCACAAAGGGAGCCACGGAGGAAGGAAGCCACACCGGUGCCUGGACUGUGGGAAAUCCUUUAUCUCUAAAGGCCAACUUAUUAUUCAUCAGAGAACCCACACUGGAGAGAAGCCCUUUAAAUGCCUAGUGUGUGGGAAAACCUUUGCCCAGCGUUCCAACCUCAAAGUCCAUCAGAGGAUCCACACGGGGGUGAGGCCAUUUCAGUGUUCGGACUGCGGGAAAAGCUUCUAUUCCAGCACCAGCCUGGUCAAACAUCAGAGCACCCACACAAAGGGGAACCCAUAUAAAUGCACUGCGUGUGGGAAGAGCUUCAAGUCCCGUUCCCGCUUCAUCACCCACAAGAAAAUCCACACCAGGAGGAAAUCUCAUAAAUGUCCGGACUGUGGGAAAUGCUUCCUCGCUGAAUCUCAGCUGAUUAUCCACCGCCGCAUCCACACAGGGGAGAGGCCGUACAAGUGCCUGGAGUGUGGGAAAAGCUUCAGCCAAAACAUACACCUUACUGUCCAUCAGAAAAUCCACAAAAGAAAAUCGCUCCAGUGUGCCAACUGUGGACAAAGUUUCCGCUCCAGGAUGAAGCUCAUCCAGCACCAGAGGACGCAUGCAGGAGAAAGCCCAUAUAAAUGCUCAGAGUGCGGGAAAACCUUCCGGGUGAAUGCUCACCUUAUCGCGCACAAGAGGAGCCACUCAACAAAGAAACCACAUAAGUGUUCAUACUGUGGAAAAUCUUUCUGGGCCAAAUCAAAGCUCAUCAUCCAUCAGAGGACCCACACCGGGGAGAGACCAUUUAAGUGCUUAGCCUGUGGGAAAAGCUUUAGCCAGAGUUCACAUCUGAAUGUCCACAAACGAACCCACACGCGCAAAAAGCAAUUCCAGUGCCCAGAGUGCAGGAAAAGCUUCAGCUCGAGCACCUACCUUAUGAAGCACCAGAGAAUCCACACCGGAGAAGACCUGUACAUAUGCGCCGACUGUGGGGAAAGUUUUCGUGCAUACUCGCAUCUCAUCGCUCACCAGAAAAUACACGAAGGAAAGAAACCGUAUAAGUGCACGUACUGCGAGAAAUCCUUCUUUACCAAAUCUAACCUCAUCAUCCACCUGAGGAUCCAUACAGGAGAGAGGCCGUACAAAUGCCAAGUCUGUGGCAAAAGAUUCAUACAGAGCUCACACCUGACCACCCACCAGAGAACCCACACUGGCAAAAAGCAACACCAAUGCCCAGACUGCGGCAAAAGCUUCCAGUUCAACUCCCACCUCCUCGCCCACGGGAAAAUCCACAAGGACAGGAAAAUCCACAAAGACAAGAAGCCCCACAAAUGCUCAUACUGUAACAAAUGCUUCGUCUUCAAGUCCUACCUAGUUAUCCACGAGCGGAUGCACACCGGCGAGAGACCGUUCAAAUGCCUGGCGUGCGGCAAAAGCUUCAGCCAGAAUUCACACCUGAACGUCCACAAAAGAAUCCACAUGGGGAAAAAGCCGUUCCAACGUCCCGAACGUGGCAAGGAUUUUAGAGUGAGCUCUCAGCUUCUGGCCCGCAAGAGAAUCGGCAUGGUCAAGAAGCAGCACAAUAAAUGCCUGGUCUGCGGAAAGUCCUUCAUUUCCAACUCCUACUUGAUUAUCCACCAGAGAAUCCACACAGGCGAGAGACCUUACAAGUGUUUGGCUUGCGGGAAGUGCUUCAGCCAAAGUUCGCACCUGACCGUCCACCAGAGGACUCACAGAGGAAGGAAGCCGUUCCGAUGUUCCACCUGCGGGGAGAGCUUCGGCUCCAGUGUCAACCUUCUCAAGCACCAGAGAAUCCACACAAAAGGGAACCUAUUAGAAUGCGCAGACUGUGGGAAAUCCUUUCUCAACAAGUCACAGUUUGUGAUCCACCGGCGAAGCCACACGGGGGAGAGGCCGUUCAAAUGCUUGGACUGUGGGAAGGGGUUCAGCCAGAGUUCCAACCUGAUCAGGCACCAGCGCAUUCACGCGGGGGAGAAUCCCUGUUAA